GCUUUGCGGGAAAGUACUAGGGCGCGUCGUCAGGGGGAGGGAAACCACAGUUGGCGAUCGCCGCCGGGGCAUCUCGUCUUGCGGCUCGCUUCAAGAUGAUUGGGGUCCUGCUCCUGCUGCUCCUCCUCCUCCCCCUUCUCCUGUUCAUCGCUGCACCCCAAAUCAGGAAAAUGCUAUCCAACGGGGUGUGUACAUCGACUGCCCAGCUUCCAGGGAAGGUGGCAGUGGUUACUGGUGCCAACACAGGCAUCGGGAAGGAGACAGCCAAAGAGCUGGCUCAGAGAGGAGCACGUGUCUAUAUAGCUUGCCGGGAUGUGCAAAAGGGGGAAUUGGUGGCAAGAGAGAUUCAGACCAUGACAGGAAACCAACAGGUCUUCGUGCGGAAACUGGACUUGGCUGAUACUAAAUCUAUUCGCGCCUUCGCUGGGGGCUUCUUAGCAGAGGAAAAGCAUCUCCACAUUUUGAUCAACAACGCAGGAGUGAUGAUGUGUCCCUACUCCAGGACAGCAGAUGGCUUUGAGAUGCAUAUAGGAGUCAACCACUUGGGUCACUUCCUCCUGACCCAUCUGUUGCUAGAGAAGCUGAAGGAAUCAGCCCCAUCAAGGGUAGUGAAUGUGUCUUCCUUAGCACAUCUCCUGGGAAGGAUCCAUUUCCAUAAUCUUCAGGGCGAGAAAUUCUACAGUGCAGGUCUGGCCUACUGUCAUAGCAAGUUAGCCAACAUUCUCUUCACCAAGGAGCUGGCCCGGAGGCUGGAAGGCUCUGGCGUUUCAGUAUAUUCCGUACACCCUGGCACAGUCCACUCGGAAUUGACUCGGCACUCAUUCCUCAUGAGAUGUUUGUGGCGGAUUUUCUCCUUCUUCAUCAAGACCCCUCAGGAGGGAGCCCAGACCAGCCUGCACUGUGCCUUGGCAGAAGGUCUGGAGAUCCUAAGUGGGAGUCAUUUCAGUGACUGCCGUGUGACGUGGGUCACUGCCCAGGCUCGGAAUAUGACAGUCGCAAGGCGGCUAUGGGAUGUCAGCUGUGACCUGCUGGGCAUCCCUAUGGAUUAACAGGUGGUGGCAGCUGGACCCGAGAAGUGUGCAGCCGACUACUCAGUGCUCCCUGCCAAAAUGAUCCUCCUUCAGGGCGGCCAAAACCUGGAGCACAAAGGGAGCACACCUUCCAGACUUGGCAGCUUUCUGCCACAGCCAUUGAAACGCCUUGCAUUUGCCCAGAUUGACUUUGCUCCCGUCCUUGCCAAUUACUAGAGAUAUCACAGGACAAGUACCCCCUCAGGACCUGCAAGCUCAUAUUUUCCUUCUGAGACGUACUACCUAGGAGAACUAAGCUAUGGCAGGGUUGAUUUGUGGCAGUUUGGACUCGUUUCUACCCUCUCUGUUCACAGUGUAUUGUCUCCCAAUCAAACAACCUUCACCUGGAGCUGAACUCCAGGAGUCACAGUGGCUUGUCCCUCGCCUCUUAAGAAAACCAUCAUAGUGCCAACAUCUGGAUUCUUUCAGAAAAUGUGACUGAAUCUGGAAUGUGGCUACUGCUCAGACAUGUUCCCAUGCCUAGACUGUGGAAGAGCUUUCUUUUCUAAGACGUUUGGGGGUUUGAGAGGAUGGCAGAAAUAUGGGAGAAGGCAGAAAUAAAAAUGAAGCUUAAACUCUCAUUUUCCUGCUAUUUCUCUUACCAGCAAGGCGGUAAUGAAAGGCUCCAUUUAAGGAGGUAGGCCUCCUGGCAUCAGUGACUGCCCCAGACCCAUGGAGGCCCCCCUUUUGUGCCGAACUUUCUCUUUGGUGAUUGUGGUUGAAUGUUUGUGUUCUUAUGUACUUUUGCAGUAGGGAGUGUUUUCACAAAAUCUGAAAUAGCCACAAAGGAACAGUAUUAAACUGGACCCUGAUGCAGGUAAAUGAUUAGAGAUGGAGCAAGCCAGUGCCAUCCAAUCUUUGGUACAAAUGGGUAGAGCUGCCAGGGAAAGCAGAUUCUGUUAUGUUGGUAACUACCCACCAAGAAGCACAUGGAUAGCAGGAAAGAAAUUCAAAAAUAAUAGGCCUGGAAGGUAAUGAAGGGACUAAAGGACUUUUUUUUUUUUUUUUUUUUUUUUUAAGUUGUUGAUGGUAAUAUCCCACUCUAGAAUUAAGGAUGAGCACCCAAGUUAGCAAGGCUGAUAGGGCACUGUCUUAAGCACUAGCCAACCAAUGUGCAGAAAAAAAUACCCUCAAUUCCUUAUUUAGCAAAAUUACCUUAAGGACUGAUAUUGGUAGUUACGGUCAAUUUAAUACUCUUUUAGGAUAUCUCCUUACAUAUCUUAAGCUUAAAAUGACUAUUUGCU